GUGUUUUUUGUUGUUUUUUUUCAAAUUUGUUUUCAUUUGUUUUUUUUCUUCAAGUUUUUUUUCUGUUUCUCAUUGCAAAUCAAUUCGUGAUCCAAAUCAGGCCUGACAAAUCGAUCUCAUUUUGUUUAUGUGAAAACAUUUUCUUUCUUUUUGAAACAAAAUUUUCAGUUUUUUUUCAAAACAAAAUCAACCAAACAAAAAAAUCAUUGAAACACAUAACCCAAAAAAACAUAAUGCCCGAUGCAGCCAAAUCGAUAGCAACAAGUACCGGUUCGGUUGUAACCACAAUGCUCAACAUAAACGGCUCAUCAGCCGCCGAUAUUGUACAACAUCUUGGUGGACAUCAUCAACAUCAUCAUCAUCAUUAUCACAAUAAUAAUAAUAAUAAUAAUCAUAUGAAUAAUAAUAAUAAUAAUCAUCAUCAAACAAAUGGAUCAUCAACAAUAAUAACAUCAACAACAACACCAUCAAUUUCGACAAUAACUGUACCAACAUCGGCUACUGUACAAUCAUUAUAUGAUUUUUAUAAAAUACCUGUUGUUGUUGAUGGUAUUGGUGGUGGUGGUGUUGGUAAAACAGCCGGUAUUACAUUGAUUACAUCCGAUGGUAAAAAUAUUACUGAUGCAGCCACCCUACAGGAAAUGGUUUGGAGCACUGUACCUGUAUCGGCAGUUAGUAGUACCGGUGGUGGAGGUGGCGUUUUACAGAAUGCAACUAUUGUAACAACAAGUGGUUCAUUAGCUGCUGCUGCUGUCACAUCAUCAUCCGCAUCUUCAUCAUCAUCAUCACCGUCACCAUCAUCCACAACAACAACAACGAAUAAUAAUAAUCAACAUUCCGAUGAUGAUCAUCAUCAACAUCGACAACAACAUCAACAACAAGAAUCAAGUCAAUUGAAUGGACAUAAUAAUAAUAAUAAUAUUCAAUCACCACAAUCAUCAUCUACAAUUGUUAAACUUGAACAAGCAAAAAAUCAUCUAAUUGUUUCAAGUGGUAACCAUAAUAAUAGUGAUAAUAAUAGUGGUUUAGUUGUUAAUCAAAAUGGUACGGUUACGAUAACCGGUGGUCAACAAGAAUCAACACCGACAACAACGAAUAAUAAUAAUAAUAAUGGUCAACAGCAAUCACAAACGAUUAUUGUGACAACAACGCCAAGUCAGCAACAGCUACAAAACGGGCAACAACAAACGACAUCAUCAGUAUUACAUGGAACGGAAGUACUUCAUAUAAAAGCAGAACCAACGUCAACAACAACAACAACAGGAACGAUAUUACAACAACAACAACAAACCAAUGAUAAUAGUGUUGUACAUUUAAAGAAUACCGAAUCAACAACAACAACAACAGUAUUACAGCAUGUGAAUGAAGUUGUACAUAUAAAAAAUGAACCAUUAGAUACAUUACCACCAUUAUCAUCACCGGGACAAAUGGUCGAUGUAAUAUCGGCAAAUAAUGUUGAUCAUAGCCGUGAAUUGGAGCCAUCACCACCGGCUACCGUUAUAUCAUUAGCACCGGCACAACCAUAUCCACCAAAUAAUAAUAAUAACAAUAAUAAUAAUAAUAAUAAUGGUCAACCAACGCAAUUAACAUUUGCAACAUCAGCAUAUGAUCUAUCCGGUAAUGGACAAUAUGCAUUACAAGUGAAUGCCAAUACGGCUUUAACGCCUCAUCAAUAUGCAGUUACACCAACGGCAACAGCCGCUGCACGUACAACAAACGGUGGUACCGUUUAUCUUACCACUGAUUAUAUUACAUAUCGUGAAUAUUAUCCAACAAAUGCGACAAAUGUUAAUGGUGUUACGCAACAACAACAACAGCAGCAGCAACCGCAACAGAUUAUUGUUACAACAAAUCCAGCUGCACUUACGGCAGCCGGUACUGUCAAUAAUGUUAGCGAUCAACAAUAUCAUACGGUUAGACAACAAUUAUCUGCACAGCAAAUACCGCAAGUAACAAUCACUGGAAAUAAUAAUUAUCAAACAACAGCAAAUAUGAUUGGUGAAACGGAAACAUCAUUUUUAGAUCGCUAUCUACGACAACAUCAGCCAAUAACUACACAGGCAACAACAACAACAUCGAUGGUCAAUAAUAAUAAUAAUUCACAACAGCCCGGUACAAUUUCCAUACAAUCAUUACAACAGGCAGCGGCAACAACAUCAACAACAAAUUGUUUGGUCAAUGGAUAUAAAUCAAAUACAACAACAACAUUACAUGGUUGUUUAACUGUUGAUUUACCAUCACCGGAUAGCGGAAUUGGUGAUACAACAACAGCAACGCCCAGACAAGAAACAAUAUCAACAACAACAACAACAACCAUUCCACAAAUAUUCGAAUAUACUGGUCUAACAACAGCACAACAAACAUCAACAUUAUUACCAGUGGUUACAGCAUCUGCAACUGAUUUAACAUCCGUUGCUGUUGUUGCUACUGCAACUGUAUCAUCAUCAUCAUCAUCAUCAUCGGCACCAUCAUCGGUUACAUCACCAACAUCGAUUGGUAAUGCUAUUGUCAAUAUAACAACACCAACCAAUGUAUCAGGAUCGCCUGCAGCAAUAGCAAAAUCAGCAAAUCGUCGAUCAUGGCAUGAAUAUGGUCGUAAUUCUGAUAUCGAUAAAAUACAGAUACCUAAAUUAUUUUCUGAUAUUGGUUUUAAAUAUUUUCUCGAAUCACCAAUAUCAACCAGUCAACGACGUGAAGAUGAUCGUGUUACCUAUAUUAAUAAAGGACAAUUUUAUGGUAUUACAUUGGAAUAUAUUAAUGAUGUGGAUAAACCAUUGAAAAAUGGAACAGUUAAAUCGAUUGUUAUGUUAGUGUUUCGAGAGGAAAAAACUCAGGAAGAAGAAGUAAAAGCAUGGCAAUUUUGGCAUAGUCGUCAACAUAGUGUUAAACAACGUAUUUUAGAUGCUGAUACAAAAAAUUCAUCCGGUAUUGUUGGACCGAUUGAAGAGGUAGCACAUAAUGCUAUUGCAUUCUAUUGGAAUCCAUUGGAAGGUCAAGCUAAAGUUAAUAUUGCCGUUCAAUGUUUGAGUACGGAUUUUAGUAAUCAAAAAGGAGUAAAAGGUCUUCCAUUACAUCUUCAGGUAGAUACAUUUGAUGAUAUUCGUGAAGGUAGUACACCGGUUCAUCGUGGUUAUUGUCAGAUUAAAGUUUUUUGUGAUAAGGGAGCCGAAAGAAAAACACGUGAUGAAGAACGACGUGCAGCUAAACGUAAAAUGAAUGCAACUGGAAAUAUUGUUUCAGAUGGACGUAAAAAAAUUGAAGAAAUGUAUCAUCCAACAUGUGAUCGGUCGGAAUUUUAUUCAAUGAGCGAUCUAAUGAAACCACCGGUUCUAUUCACACCAAGUGAAGAUAUUGACAAAAUAACAACGGGAGAUAUUAAUUUUUAUGGACAUACAAAUACGGAUAUUGGAUAUGAUACGGAUUCAGGUGCUUUACCAUCGAUCGCUACGGCUAUUCCGUUGACUACUUUACAUCCUUGUGAACGAACCGAUCAAACAUUAGUAUGUGAUAUGCCUAUUGCUUGUCCACCUAAAAAAAUUAAAUUGGAACGUUAUCCAAGUCUUAAUGAUCGAGUUUUACUAUAUGCUAAACAAGAAAAUGAAGAAGUAUUUCAUCCACUUCAUCUAGUACCACCAACAUUAGUUGGCCUUGCAUGGGCGAUUGAAAAUAAAUAUAAAUUAGAAGCAAAAAAUAUUCGUAAUAUUUAUAAACGUUGUAAAAAAGGAAUCACUGUACAAAUGGAUGAUGAUAUGGUUAAACAUUAUUCACAUGAAGAUACUGUACUAUUAGAAGUACAUCAGAUUGAUGCUGAAACUCAUGAUAUAACACUUGUCGAAUAUGAUACCUGUUGAUUGUUUGACAGUGUUGAUCGAUACAUUUUAUUAGUUUUGACAAAUAUCCAAAUUGACAAAUUCGAUCAUUCGAUCUCACAAACAAAUAUCAA